AUGAAAUAAAAUUUGGAAGAAAUAGCAGCCACAAUUCCGAAUUACAAAAUGGUUGAUGGUAAAUAUUACAUCAAAACAACAAAAUUGGGAAAAGGAAAUUUUGCAGAAACUCAUUUGGCUACAUUGAAAGACAAUGAGAAAAUAGUUUAUGCUUGUAAAUUAAUUGCAAAACAAAACAUCAUUGAAAAACUCAAAAAAAGCAAUAAUCCAGAUAGCAGAAAAGAAUAUAUUAUCAACUCGCUAAAAAAAGAGGUUUCUUUGUGGAAGUAGAUGGAUCAUCCUAAUAUUGUUAAGUUUAUUGAUUUCUCUGAGACUCCAAAUAAUAUUUAUUUCUUUUUGGAAUACUGCAAUGGUGGAGAUUUAGAUAUGCUCAUCAAAGAUAAAGGAAAAUUGAGUGAAUAAGAAGCAGCCGAUAUUUUUCUCUAAAUUGCAGAAGGAUGUUCAUACUUAUAUGAUAAAAGUGUUUUCCACAGAGAUCUAAAACCUGAAAAUAUAUUGAUACAUAAUGGUACAGCAAAAUUAGCAGAUUUUGGUUUUGCAAAAGUAAUUGAAGAAGAUAAAAAAGAUGUUGCUGCCCAUGGAACGUCAGUAGGAACACCAUAUUAUAUGGCUCCACAGAUUCUAGCAGGGGAAGACUAUUGCAUUAAAUGUGAUGUCUGGUCUUUGGGUGUAAUUCUGUAUUAAAUGUUAUUUGGAGUGCUUCCAUGGAAAGAUACAAAUUCUAUUAUAUAGUUGUUGAAUGCUAUUAAUAAUUAGAAAAUUCAAUUUCCAAAUACAAAUCCAGUUGGUUAAGAGAUGAAAGACUUAAUAACAAAAAUGUUGUAAAAAAGAGAAGAAGAUCGUAUUAAUAUUAAGGAAGUGUGUGAGGCAUUGAACAAAAUAAAAAAGUGA